AUGUUCGCCGGCCGUGUCGCAGUCCGGUCAGCCCGCGUGGCAGCACCACGAUUCAACGUCGCUGCCACCCGCUCCUUCGCCGAAGCCGCCGCAAAGCCCGCAGCAGCAUCCGGAGCAGACACCAGGCCUCCUAUCGAGGUCUUUGGCGUCGACGGCACCUACGCCAGCGCUCUGUACACCGCAGCCGCCAAGUCCUCCUCGCUCGACAACGUCUCCAAGGCCAUUGACAGUCUCCACCAGACCUUCAAGAAGGACCCCAAGCUCGCCAGCAUCAUCCAGGCCCCUACUCUCACCGUCGAAGAUAAGAAGCAGAUUGUGCAAGAGCUCCAGAAGACCACCGGUGUUCAGGACAAGACAAACACCAUCACCAACUUCCUCAACACCCUUGCCGAGAACAACCGCCUGAGCGUCCUCGAGGGCGUAUGCGAGAAGUUCGCGCAGCUAAUCAGUGCGUCGAAGGGUGAGGUUGAGCUUACAAUUACAUCCGCCGCGCCAUUGGACAGCAAGAUUGUGAAGCAGUUGGAGGCGGCUAUCAGCAAGAGCCAGUACGUUGGUCAGGGCAAGAAGUUGAAGGUUACGCCAAAGGUCAACCCAGAUAUCCGCGGCGGCCUCGUCGUCGAGAUCGGCGACCGUACCAUCGACCUGAGCGUUUCCUCCAAGAUGCACAAGAUGAACAACCUCCUCCAAACAGCUUUGUAA